AUGGCGAUACUCACCUUCCCGGAACCCGUAGGGCUGGGUGCCCGCAGGGUCGACCCGGGCGUCGACAACGUGCAGGGCCGGCGCCUGAACACCGUCAUCUGGAUCCUCGCAAGCCUCUCGACCAUCUUCCUGACCCUGCGCCUGUGUACCAAGGUGUAUCGAAAUCGCCCAUUCUGGUGGGACGAUUGGUUCCUGGUGGGAAGCUUUGCUGCCCUCCUGGUGGCCAUCAUCCUGCAAUCUGUCGCCGUACAUUUCGGCCUCGGUCUGGCCGAGUCCCAGAUCCCCUGGGAGAACUCCUUCUCGAUGUCCAAGGUGUCCCUUGCCAGCGGCUUCUGCUCCAUCAUCUCCCUCGCCUGGAGCAAGACAUCCUUUUCCCUGACCCUGAUGCGCAUCACGAGCGGCUGGACGAAAUGGGUUGUCUGGUUCACAAUCGUCACAGUGAACCUGGUCCUCGGUGCCAUGGCAGCUUUGCAGUGGCUGCGCUGCUGGCCGAUCGCCAGAGCCUGGGACUGGAGCUUGGAGGGGUCGUGUAUAGCAGAGGGUGUGAUUGAGGCAUACCAGACGUUUGGCGCAAUCUACUCCGGCACCAUGGACAUCUUCCUUGCCUUCCUACCGUGGCAGAUUCUAUGGCACGUGCAAAUGAAAAAAAAAGAGAAACUUGGGGUUAUCGCCGCCAUGAGCGCUGGCAUCUUCGCCGGAAUCAUCUCGUACGUCAAAAUCUCAACCCUCUACGCCAUCACCACCAUCGACACCGCGACGAACAUCAACCUCUUCAUCUUCGGCACCGCGGAGCCGUCCAUGACCAUUGUGGCGGCAUCGAUCCCCAUCCUGCGGCAUCUGUUCCGACGUGACAAGUCGACGGGCCGAGCCACGGGCGACGCUUCCAAGCCGUCGUUCAUCAACUCUCAGAGUAUGCGGCUGCGAUCGAUGUCCAAGGGUGAACAACACAGCCAUUAUGUAAAGCCAGCAGACGAGGAGAGCAUUCUCGGAGAUCGCAGGAGUGCAAGAUCGCAGGAGUGA